GUUCUCUCUUUAGCUCAGUUGAAAUAUGCUCGCAGCAUGGUGUGUACGCUUUUCCAUUUGGAUUCGGUAAAGUCUAGCAUAGCAAUAGAAAAGCAUCGAAUCGGUUAGUCGAGUGUGCGAUCUAAUCGAAGCACCAUCCAUCAUUUUUCGUUCGUUUUUCUACAGCCCUAUCACUUUCGCGUGUAUCGUGUCGCGUAACAAAAGAAGCGUAAACAACAAACAGAGAACAGUGUUUGUGUUUCGGAUUUUUUUUUCCAUUAUUUUUAUUAACAAUUAAAUUUGGUUCUUUUGAGCGUGGAAUUAUUUUGUUUUACUGAAUAAAACGGACGGCAGUUGUUCGUGAUAGUGAAGAUAAAUGUAAAAUAGGACUGGUCCGCAUCAAUUUUCGUUUUCGGCGUGUGUUUGACUCGAACGGUAUUUAAAUAAACCUACACACACAAUGUGUACGCGUUGCUAUUAAGUGUAAUUGUAGCAUAUUUAAAUCGAAUUAUUCUUAAAUUUGCAUUAAUAAAACGGUGCGGUGUUGACAGAGCUGGCAAAGAUUGUGUUUGUGUGUCAAAAAAAAAAUAGAUAACGAAAGAUUAAGUGUUUGUGUGAUUUUCGUGGUACGGGCUCACGGAGGAAAAAAAAACACUGAAUUUCACGUUCAAAGCACGCACAAUCGAUACAAAUUCAUGAGCACAGCACAGUUUAACGCGCAGACCCGAGCAACAGAACAUCAAAUUUCAUCCGUGAAACAGUUGAUCGCCAAUGGCAACCAUCGAUUCAGCUGGCGGCACAUCUUGGUCUAGUAAUGGAGGUGGAUGUGGAAAUCAAUGCAAAACAUUAAUUAGCAAAAUGCAACGGCACAUGAAUUUACAAAAUGAAUUGGAGAACAAUCGUGAUGGCACAAAUUGUGUAGGUUCGACAAUUCUGGCGCCAAACAAUGCCAACAAUAGUCAAACGACAAUCGAAACCGCCAAUUUACACAAAUCAAACGAUGAAAAAAGCGAGCAAAAUCCCAAACACGAACAACAACAACGUACCAACGUGAUGGAAUCAAGUGCAAUUGAUAGUAAACAUGUGAAUGCAACAAGUACCAACGAUGAUGAUGACAGUGUAAAUAUGAGUACAAUUGAUACGACUGUGAUUCGAUCCGCAACAGCGGCAGCGGCAGCGGCAGUGCCGUCACCACCACAAAGUGAUAAAGAUGAAAUUCGUGUGAAAUGUGGUGCAACCGAUGAUGAUAGUGAAAAUAGUAGCUCAUCGAUUAGUCCAAGUGAUACGGUUUUUAAAGUUGCCACCAAACAACACAUAUCGAAACCGAAUCUGGCCAAUUUGCAUUGUGCAAACGCUGGCCGUUUGAAUACACUACCAACGGUUGUACCACUGUCAUCACCACCGAAUGUGCCCAUGUUUUUAAAUCGAUUUCCCAACACGCAUCCCACAUAUCUUCCGCCACAUAUCCGUAAUUUGCCCAAAACACAAUCGCUCGAUUUGGCCGACAAUGAGAUGCCAUCGCCGUUAUUGUCCAACAGACAAGCCUCAUUCGAACAGAAUCGACCCAUCUACCCGAAUGUACCGUACAGCCCGUACGGUAGCCCAUUUGGAUCGCCACGCAAUCGACGCCGUGGACCAUUACGUGAAUCACGGCGCAUUUCCAUCGAACAAACUGGCAGCUUCUUGCAACUCAAUCAAUAUAAACUCAUGGAUCAAAUUGGACAGGGCUCAUAUGGUUUGGUGAAAUUAGCAUAUUCCGAAGAGGACUCAACGCAUUAUGCCAUGAAAAUUCUGUCGAAACGUAAACUGUUGCGGAAAGCCGGUCUCAUGGGACGCGGACCAAAGAAAGGUGUGUCACCACUCGACCGUGUCUAUCGGGAAAUUGCCGUUUUGAAAAAGUUGGACCAUCCGAAUGUAGUGAAAUUAGUGGAAGUUCUUGAUGAUCCGUUGGAAGAUUCAUUGUACUUAGUAUUUGAACUUUUGCAAUUGGGCGAAGUGCUUAGUGUGCCGACAUCAAAACCAUUGACAGAAGAACGAGCUUGGUCUGUGUUCCGUGAUUCGUUACUUGGACUUGAGUAUUUGCAUUAUCAACGCAUCAUCCACGGUGACAUCAAACCGGACAAUUUACUGUUGGGCGAAUGUGGAAGCGUAAAAAUCGCUGAUUUAGGUGUUUGCAAUGAGUUCUUGGGUGAAGAUGCUUCAAUGAAUAAUGGAUCAACCGCUGGCACACCUGCGUUCCGCGCACCUGAAACUUUAAACACGGGACAGUACUCGUACAGUGGCAAAGCGGCAGACAUUUGGGCGCUUGGUGCAACUUUAUAUUCAUUGGUGUAUGGUAGUGUUCCGUAUAUGGCAAACAAUGUGCCAUCGGUUUAUGAGAAAAUCAAAAAUGAUCGCUUACAAUUCCCGUCCGAUAUUGUGAUUAGCGCCGAACUCCGCGAUUUAAUCGUUAAAAUGCUUGAGAAAGACCCAUCCAAACGCAUCACAUUGCCACAGAUUAAAGAACAUCCAUGGGUCACUUCUAACGAUGUUCAUCCAUUGCCAAGUGAAGAUGAAAAUUGUCGCUUGGUUGAAGUCAAUGAAAUGGACAUCAAUUCAGUGGUGAAGAGCAUUCCAAAGUUGGACACAUUGAUUCUAAUCAAAACCAUGCUUAAGAAGCACUCAUUCCAAAAUCCAUUCAAUAAACCGGUUUCGGGGCGUGCACCUCAACGAGGCGGUUCACGUUUGGAACGAUUCACACGCGCUGGACGCUCCAAUUCAGCACCCGGUGCUUAUCAUAUGAUUGAAAGACAACUGUCGAGUGAUAACAUUUUGCCGUCGGUGAGUGAAGGCGUUGUCAGCCCAUGCAGUGAUACCUCAACCGAUGCAGACAAUGCAUAUUAAGUCUCGCAACGUCUGAAUUAAGCCGUUUUAUUUGUCAUAGACACACGCUAAGUAAUUGGAUUAUUGAUUGGGACUAUCUCUUGAUAAAUCUUCGAUGUAGUUCGAGUGUAGGCUUCCUCUCGUGAGUGAUAUGUUCAAGCUUUGUACGAUGGUUUAGGUCGACGCUAUGGUGAUAUAAAUAUGCAGAAAAGAAAAAUCUAGCACACAAUUCGAUUUUUAACACUUGACAUUUAGAAAAACAGCACAUAAGUAAACAGAGACACACACACACACACACACAAAAUGGGACUUUCAAGGGUUAGCUUUUAUUCUCGAUUCUUUUUUUUCAUAGCUUAAGCAAACAAUACAAAUAUAAGUCCGCUUUGAUUUUAUUCUCUUUUUUCUCUAUUUUUUUCGCACAUUGAUUAGAGUGUACAUAAAAAAAAAGAAUGCGAAUCUUAAUCACAAGUUACUAGUCUAGCACGCAACAAGACUACUUACAUUUUACGCUGCAUGGAACCAAAUUCCGCAAAUUUUAAACACACACACAAUCACACACAGUUAGAUUAAGAUCAAUAUGCGCUCGCAUAUUUACUAUCUAUAUUCGAAUCAAUUCACAGUUUUUAUAACUAUCAAAAUUCAAGCUUAAAAGUUUUUAUAGUCAUAAGUAGAGCAACGGAACGUAAUCGAAUGUAAACUGGAAUGGAAGAAUGAUUCGAUGCAUUCGCUCACUUCUCAAAAGAAAGAAAAACAAAUUCGCUUUCUUGGUAGACAGCUGACUGAGUCGUUCUUUUGAUAAAGAGGAUUAUUAUCAACCAUAAAGAAAUAAAUCGCUCAAUCGAUUUUUCCAUACGACAAAAUACACUCGUACACACACACAGUGGCUAGAUGAGUUUUACAUUUUUCCUUCUGUAUUCCAUUCGGAUUACGUCAAUAGUUUUCAAUCGAUUACUGUUUACAACUUGCAUUUCAACACAUCACUAGUUUGACGCUCUAUUGGAAUGGAAAUCGAAGAGUUUUUUUUUUCCACAAAUGACUUUUUACGACUUGCCAAUUGCAUUGAUAGAGUCGCUCAAUGGGAGACGCUAUUUGGUGUCCAAGCUGCUUGAGCCAAGUACAUGUAUCAGUGGGUGAAUUGAAUGUUUUUUUGUUGUUGUUGAAAAACGAUGUUGGAUCGGAUUUUUGUGCCAAUUUAAAAAGAAACAAAGUUCACUCCGAUUCUCCAAACCACGUACGUUGUUUAAAAAAAGGAGUUUUUCUCAUUCCAAAUUCUGAAAAUGUUUUUAAGGAGAGUCUACUUAGGAGACAUUUCAAAUGAACAUUUUUAAAUCAGUAGCUUCAAUUUUUUUCCUUUUUUUUACCGAAAUAUUCUCAUUUUUAAAGAAGUUUGCCUUCAAAUGAUACAUUUUCACUACAAACUAUGAAAUUUGGAAUGAAAAUAGAGAAUUUUGAGUUAUGUUUCCAAGUUUACGUUUCAAAGAGACUGAAUUUCAACCCAAAAGAUAUGAAAUCAGGCACAAAUUGGCUGGAAAUUAGGUAUAAAUUGGCUCAAAAGCAGCCCUAAAAAUCCAUGAAAGUCAAGAAUUGAAGAAAAUCCAUCAAACCGAACCAAAUCGUCCGUCAUUGUCGUUUCUACGAUUCUACCUAAAGUCUUUUACUUUUUGUUCAGUGAAUAGUGCUCGAUUUCAUUGCGACCGACGUCAAAACUGAUGGAACUGCUUUCAAAUGUCAAAGAAUUUUUCACUUUCGUUUACUUUUUAAGUCAAAAUAUGUAAUUUUCUAGUGAUGUAAGUAAAAUGAAAAGAAAAAAAAAUCCGAAUGUCUGUGUACUGUACAUAAAAAAAAACAAUGACAUGACCAAUCAAUCCAUACGCUUUAAAAACAAAUUGUAAAUGUUCAAUCAACAAUUCACAUGAAUUUAUGAAUGGUGAAUGUGUUGCGCUUGACUUCUUCAAUAAAUUUUUUAGAUAUUAAGGGGAAACGAUUCUACUCUUUAAACGUAUGAAACGAUAUGAGGAGUUUGGAAAUAGUGUCGAAAUUGGUCAAUUUACGAAAAAAUGGUACGAAAAAAAAUUUCAGUGAAAAAUGGUGUCGCUUCGAUUCAUUGAAUAUAUUCAAAAUGUUGAAACUGGAUCGAAGAUAGUUUGAAAUGGAAUUUUUUUUUCAAUUGUUUUCAAUCAGAGUGAAACAAACGAUCUGUUUACUGCUUAAAACUGAGUUUGAGUUCGGAUUCAAGAACUUACUUAGCCGAUUUUCUACUGGUCAUGUACAUUUUCUAUCUCACCCUUUCCGGUGCGGUUUCGUCAUGCAAAAUGUUCGAUGUUUCGAACACUUUGUGAAAAAUUGAUUAGACGCGACUCGAAACACACUCCCAAUUGACUUGAUUUCGAUCAAAUUGCUCCGCUUCUUUCGAAAUGGAAUGAAUAUUGAAAGGCAUAAAUGAAUAUGGAUAUGAAAAUACAUAUAUAUGUAGAAGAAAAAAUAUGUUCGAAUUCCAUCUUUAUUUCGAAGAAAUGUUAUUCUUUCAGGAAAAAAACGUGUAUCUUUUUCAUCAAAUUUGUCAAAAAUACAAUUUUCCUAUAUUAGUCUCGAACAAUUAUUCUGCAUAAUCAUCGCAAAUAAGACAAUGCGUUUAAAGUUUUAACAUAAUAACAUAAAAUUAAAACUUAAUACAAAUACGUGCGCUCCGGCAUGAAAAUAACUUUCAGUUCAUCAAUUGAACUACAAAAAUUGCGUUUCAAAGAAUCAAAAGAAGAAGAAAAUCACUUCAAACAAACGCUGUGGUAUUUUGCACCGAAUCUUUUACUCUUCCACUGUUUAAAUUCGCAUUUUCACCGAUCAUUUCCAAAACCCAAAAAAAACCAUUCACUUCCUUCACACGUUUGAUCACGUUUAUCGUUCCCCAUUUUUGAAUCUCCUAGAUGGUCACAGAGAAUUGUGUAGCGAUAAAAUUUUGUUUUCGGGACCAUUUCAAUGAAUUCUUAGUUUAAAAAAAAAAAAUAAAAAUAAAUUAAAUUUUAUACUUUUGUUUAGGAUUAGUUAUAAUUGAGAAAAUUUAACGAUAUUAGCUUCACAAUCGAACACAAAAUGUGACCCGAAUAUGUUUUCUAUGCUUGAGAAAUUCCAUCUUAGAAUAUAGAUGCUAGUUGAGCCAAUCCGCUAUGAAUUCACGGUGCAAUGCGAUGAAAAAUGUUUUACACAAGAGGUCAAUUCCUUCACGGUCAAAUUUUGUACGCAGAAGAUGAUGUGGUUAAUUUGCGACAUGCAUAUUCGUUGAAGUAAACAUUUAAAAAGUACACAUUCCAAGAGAAGCAAAACCAAAGCUUGUACACAUUGACCGUUUGAGGUGGAAAAUGUCUAAACAUAGGGAAAAGUGUCAAAUGAAACCGCUUUUGAGGCAAGCUAUUCGUGUAAGCAUAAGUACAAUAGCUUUUUUCCCUCCGAACUGUUGCCGUUUGACACGAGAUGGCGUCUCCUGGCACCCACUUCACCACGACGCUUGUGACCGACUUUUCAAUCAUAUAUUUAGUACUUUUCCAUCAUUCUAAUGAUCUAAUUUUCUGCACCUCAGAUAAAUUUUCAAUCAAUUUUUAAACAAAUAUUACAUUUUCUAUAAAAAAAAAAUUCAUUUCAAGCUUAACCAACUAGAGAAUUGAUAUUAACAUAAUUAUGCACCUUUUUACUUAAAUCAAUUCAUAUCUCAAUUUUUAAGAGUUCCGUGAUAAAUUCAAACACACUCCAAAAAUGGAACGAUCGAAUAACAAAGAGUCCUAUACUGCAAGAAUAGUACAACUAUUCUUGCAGUCAUGGUACUUCGUAGAAUAUUCAAUCAGUUACACAAAUUUUACUGAAAUCCAUCAAUCUAAAGUUGCGUGAUAAAUUCUCGAAUGAAUUCAUUUUAACUCAGAACUUUUUUUCUUCAAAAAAGAAAAAACAGAAAAUAUAUUUAGCUGCAUUUAAAUUGCAUCUAUUCGAUUGAUUUAGAUUUUAAGUAAAAUAAAAACACCCUUAAAAAGCAUUUUUAUGAAUGAAAAAGUUCAACUCUGUAAAUAAAUCAAAAUUCGAUAACCAUUCGAAA